AUGGCGAACUCAAUCCGAGGCCCACCACGGUUGCUCAUGCCAACUGUGCGCCCGCCCGCACCUCUGUGCAUACCACAAUAUCCCCCAAGCCCACCAACACGAAGGCAAACCUCAUCAAAAUUAAUUCGUUCGCGCUCCGGCUCGGCAACUGCCAUCAUGACAAGCGCGGCAUUCAAUACGGGGACAGGGGUGAGCGAGGAUUCUGUCGGGGAGCGCUGGAUUGGGAGGGAGUCUCGUUUUGAAAUUGCUGAGAAUCGUGUCGAGCUCCAGGGUUAUCAGAUGUAUGCAGUCGAGAAGUGGUUCGUGGUUGAGCGUGUACGCCCUGUUACAGUGCUCAUAGUGUAUACGGGAGACCCUUCCCAUAAGGUUACUGUCACCGUGCUUAAGCCUGCUGACCGUUUGACACACGAGGAGGGAGAGUUAGAACUCAAGCUCUCUGUACAACACCUUCGCAAAGACGGGGCCCGACCAAAACAGACGCCCAUGGGCAUUCUGAUGGUCACCUCUUUGGCAAACUUUCGGUCUGAUUAUACAAUCGUGCAGAUUCCCGAUGGUGACUUUCUAGCAGUACAGGAGCGCUUGUACUGCAACAUCAAUCUGCUGCGAAUGGGGUGCAGUGGCCGAAGUGCUGUUACGCUCGAAGAACCUGGCGAGACGACAAAGGAUCGGUUUAAAUCAUUGUACUUGAUUCCUGACACUCCGUCCACGACACAUCCAUUUCGCUCUAAAUCUCCUCCGAAUUCACGUGUUCAGCCUCGCACUUUCUCGCAUUCUCCGAGCCCCCUUAUCCUCCCUGACACAUUGAACAGCUCUUCUUCGCAUGUUCAGUCAUUGUACACUGGCGCCUCUCCGCAGCACAGCACGUCUAAUAUUAAUGCACAGCAAUCGCAGCGUCACCCGCACUUUGCAGCUACUGUUCUAGAGCUGGUGAAACUGAUGCAAGCUGCAUUGUCUGUGUGUGGAAUGUUCCCACUGACUUCCCUACCUAUGUUGGAUGGCCUACUUUGUGAUGUCACCAUAGAUGGGUUGCAAAAAUGGAUGGUGGAAGUAGGAGAGAGCCUUCCAGGUAUUGAGGCAACUGAACGUAUUGCUGACCCCUCUGCAGUUGCGGCACUGCUUUCAUUUGUGCUCUCAGCGCGAAAUAAACUUGCGUCCCUUGCACAAGCAGUGCCGAAGGAUCCAUUCCUACAUCCACACGUGUUAAUUGCUUGCAUUAGUGCAUGUGCACAGGCUCAGUUAUUGGGCAUCAGCUCGCAUCCUAAUAAUGGAAUGCAUUCGUCGCCAACGCUUUCGCACAUGGAGACACCUCUGCUAAUCACAAUAUCAGGCGCCUCCUCACCUGGAUUGUCGGCGUCGCCGGCAGUCUCCAUAUGCUCGCCAUCGCCUUCCGUUGGUGCAAGUUACUCAGUUCCUCAACCAGCGCUCUCAACUUAUUUAAACCUUCACUUAUACAAUGCGCUUACCUCCACGCACGAGGCAAGGCUUAAGCAUUCUGACUCACGACGUGUGCAACGCAUCAUUUUAUCAACUCUUGACCCUACUUCUGAGCCGAACUCAUCUGAUGAUGAGCGACGCGGGUUAAGCGGACGUGUCAGAGGUUUUGUGGGGCGCGGUGGCGUGGCUGGUGCGGAGGGUGUAUUGGUACCCGUGGCGGACCUAGGCACGUUCGUCAGAGCUGUCAUAGGGCGUGAUAAACAGCAUGAGAAAGUUGGGUCCAGGGCCGAGAAAAACAAAUUGGAAAGAGAGCGUGUUAGGAAGGACGAGAAACCCGACGAAGUGGAUGAGAAGGAACGGGUAGCCGGUAGCGUGCGUGCCCUUUGGACCGGUAGAGUGGAGGUAGCGGUUCGUUUACGGGCGCGUGCAGUAGGACCCACGCAAACAUUCCACAGAACCCGGGAGAAGGUACGAGAAAAAGAUAAGGAACGACUUACGUCAAGUGAUGUGGACGAUUUGGGGAUAGUGAAGAGCCCAGGCGAAGACGACAAUGAUCUUACCUUCGGAGGUGCUUGGUCUGGAAAGGUUCAGAAGAAAUUGGAGUUCUGGGCUGGCAUCAAUCGGUCCAAGAGAUCGAUAGAUCUAUCAUCUCCAUUGAGAUCUGCAGGGCGCUCAUCGUUGAUAGCAGUGCCGUUGUCUGCACAAUCGUCUUUAUCAGGCCACCUGUAUGCCGAUACAAGUGUUUUGACCGUACCGUCUGUGGUGUUAUCCCCGAAUAGCGGAGAUGACGAGGACCUCCCCAGCAGCGGCCAGGUAUCACCCAUCUCAAUCGCAAAGACACACAACCCGUUCAUACUUGACCCUUCUGAUGCAUCCAUCACCGCGCAAAGAUCCACGUCCAACCUUAACAAGGAUGAUCCAGAGUACAAUCGCCGUGUGAAGUCCUUCCUUGCUCGACAUCCCAGACGACCUAGAGACGAGAGUCGCGUGUCUAGCUGGUCGGGUGUAGGAAAUGCAGAAGAAAAGGGAAAGUCUGUUGAUAAAUCUACUGAAAGAGAGAGCGAGGCGGAGAGUAAGACGAAAAUGUUGAGACCUGAUAUCCGGAGACGGCAUAGUUUUCAUGACCUGGAUGCUUUUCGAGACCUUCGAAUCCUUCCUUUCAAAUGGAUGCGAAUCGAUGUAGACCUUUGCGGCCACCUAUUAGUCAUGCAUCGGCGAGAAGAGCAUUUGAAAUGCAUGUUUGCUUGCCUCGAGCAUGUAUCUUCAAACCUGGCAGCGACCAACGCGGCUCUCCUAAACGAUGAUAGAGAUCAUCGCGAAUUUCUAUCUAAUCUAUCGAGCCAACUCGAAGCCCUGCAACGCGUGGAAGACGCAAAGGUCGCAGCACACAGUAGUCGUCAACAAGUCGCAGCUCUUGACUACGAGGCGGGGCAGUUCAGACGGCAAGACCUCUGGAAUGCAGCAAUUGCGCCUCGAGCAAAAGUGCUCGAGCUUAGGGGUAAAGUUUUUGGAUCAGACACCGUUAGCUCGAGAAAGCGACGACGGAAGCAGUGGACGCUUGGCGGCCAGGAGCGAGAGGUAGAUGUAUGGGGACGGACGGAGAGCGAGGCGGAGGAGGAACGUCGUGCAGGUGCUGGGUUGGGAGAUUUGCGGGUGCUUGGUGAUGAGACGGAUGACGAGAUGAGCCAGGCGGAAGAGGAUGAUGAACACAAGGACGCUUUGAUGCAACCAAUGUGGCUGCUCAAGUUCCUUACUAGAUGGACCGCAAGCUUGGGAUUCUUGGCGGGUCAAAGUGGGGUGCAGGCGUCACCAUCUCAGUCUCAUGCGCAGUCCCGCGACAGCAGUGUCCCUGCUACGGAUUCUCGGACCAGCGGUUCUUCCACUUCUCCGUCAUUACCUUCAUAA